AUGAAGAGCCUGCUCUUGACCUUCAUGCUUCUGGGGCUGGUGGCUGUCCUGAAGGCCCAAGAACUUCCAUCAGAUGACCAGGAGAAUUACUCUGGAACCUGGUAUCCAAAGGCCAUGAUACAUAAUGGCAGCCUACCCAGUCACAAGAUACCCUCAAAGGUUUUCCCUGUGAAGGUGACAGCCCUGGAAGGAGGAGACCUCGAAGCCGACAUUAUAUUCUGGAAGAAUGGUCAGUGCCAUGACGUAAAAAUCCUGAUGAAGAAAACUGAGGAGCCUGGCAAAUUCACCUCCUUUCACGGCAAGAGGUCCAUCUAUAUCACAGAGCUGCCGGUGAAAGACCACUACAUCAUCUACUGUGAAGACCCUAACCGCGGGAAGUUGUUUGGCAUGGGAAAGCUCGUCGGGAGAAACCCUGAGGAAAACCCAGAGGCCAUGGAAGAAUUUAAGAAAUUUGUUCAGCGUAAGGGACUCAAAGAGGAAAACCUCCUUGUCCCAGAGUUGAAAGGGCCACAAUGUCACAUUCUGAGCCUUUGUCCCUCGGUGUCCCAAUGUACCUCCAAGUCUCCUGUACUUCUGUCCACUCUCUCUCUUGCUCUCUCUGGAUCCCUGAUUUCUGCACUGCAGCUUCAAGGCCCUGUCAGCUCUCCCAGGGAUGCCAGGCCCUGCCUCAGGUCUUGGCUGUGGGAGGGUCUGAGUCGCAGGUGUGAUGGGGUCCUGUACAGGGCCCUUCUCACCCCUGGGCUUCUUUUGGUUUCCACAGAGCACUGUGUGCCUGAAAGCGACUAG